AUGCCAUCAAGGAAUGACCGAUUCUCUUCCUAUUCAUCUUCUUCUUUUUCUUCUUCAUCAUCUUCUUCUCAGCUUAACACUCCAAGAGCAUUUCAAAAUGCCUUUUCAGGAGCCAUUUCUAAAUCUCCUCUCUGGGAUGUUGAGAAGACCAAGGGCAGCUUUGGUUACUCAAUGCCUAAGUCUAAUGAAGAAUUAAAGGGGGAGAUCGCAGAGCUAGAGACAGAGAUCUUACAGUUAGAGGGAUAUCUUCUCUCCCUCUAUCGAACAUCUUUUAGAGAUCAUUUUCCUGCAUUUUUAUUACCUGAUGAUUCUUCGCUCACGACCAAGUUUGACAAUGAAGCGGUGAAUGAUCCUAAUUCGAAGGAAAAGAUAAAAAGAUCGGACUCAACACACCCGAGUUUGGCUGAUCUACUUGGUCUUAACACUCCUACGGAUCCCAAUAAACUCUCUGAAGAGAUAGUGAAACUUAUUUGUGUGAUACAUUUCAAUCUCUCCGGAAAGGGACAGAGCAAAGUGGUCAAGAACUCAAAGAAUGAAGAGUAUGGAGAAGAACUUGGAGUUGUUAUCCAUAAUCUUUGCCUAGACGAAGACAAUUUGAAGUCCGUAGAUAGUUUACUUCAGAACUUCAGAUCACUGAUUGAAAAGCUUGAGAAAGUUGAUCUGGCAAGGAUGGCCCGGGAAGAGAAGCUAGCGUUCUGGAUCAACAUUCAUAAUGCUCUUGUGAUGCAUGCGCAUAUAUUAUAUGGUAUUGGUGUACAUACAACAAGCACAAUGAUCUUGAAGGCACCAUUUAGCAUAGGUGGAGAGUGGGUAAAUGCGUACGAUGUCCAGAGUUCGAUACUUGGCAUUCGUGCAUGCCAUUCAUCAUCACGUUUACGGACGCUGUUUUCACCGGCUAGGAGUUCAAAGACAAGUAGCAGCGGUCACAUAUAUGCGUUGGAGUAUGCUGAACCACUUCUACAUUUUGCCCUUUCUACCGGAGCAUCAACCGAUCCAAUGGUCCGAGUUUAUACAGCGGAAGGAAUCUUUCAAGAACUUAGGCAAGCAAGAGACGGUUUCAUCAAGACAAGCGUUGGAUUUGAAAUGGAUAAAAGGGUUCUAUUGCCAAAGAUCGUUUACAACUACGCAAAGGAUACUUCUCUCGACAUGGCCGAACUAUUGAAUACCAUAUCGGAGUGCCUCACAGAUACACAAAGAACGAAAAUGAGAAGAGUGGUGAAGAAAAGGCAAGAUAGAUGCAUUUACUGGAUGAAGCAUGACUCCAGUUUCCGUUAUAUCAUCCAUUGGGAAAUCGUGAGAGAGAGUGUUGGAAUUUGA